AUGAAGUGCAAAAAGAUGCUUGAAGAGUUGAACGUUAAGUUCUCUCUCAUGGAUGCUAUUCAGAUGAUUCAUUCAAUGCACAGUCUUGUGAAAGGGCUGAUCUCCGGGAAGACUUCUGCAGACAGCGACAUCAUGAUGGUCUCGAAAGAAUGCAACGCAGUCCUUCAAAACAGAACAGUCGGGAAAUUGGAAGAUCCUAGAAAAUUUGUCCUAUAUGUUCAGAUUGGAGAAACAGUCUUCGCUUGUUCUCUGUGCGAUUUGUGUUCCAGUGUGAAUCUCAUGCCCUACUCAGUUGCAAAACGUAUGGGACUAACCAACUUCAAGCCAACCAGGAUUUCUUUGGUGUUCGCAGACAGAUCAGUCAAGUUGCCAGUAGGUGUUCUUGAAGAUCUACAAGUUCAAAUUGGUGACACCACUGUUCCUGCAGACUUCGUGGUUCUAGAGCUCGAAGAUGAACCAAAAAACCCUCUUUCUGGGCCGUCCUUUCCUGUGCACAGCUGGUGCAAUCAUUGA